CGCCCGCCGCGCGCUGACUUCUGCUUCCGGGUGGCGCUUUCCUGUCGCUUGCUAUUGAAGCUCAGCGGUCGUCAUGGAGUUGUUGGGCGAGUACGUCGGGCUGGAUGGGCAGCAGCGGGUGCUGCGGGUGCCCUGUGAGGUGCCGGGAGACGCCGACCCUUUCCAGGGCCUGUUGUCUGGUGUGGCCCAGAUGAGGGAGCUUGUGACCGAGCUCUUCGGCCCCCUGGUACAGCAGGAAGCGCAAGACCGGGAGGCGGCGGCUCCAGAAGAGGCCAUGGACGGUGAUGAUGAAGAUGAUGCAGAAGAUGAUAAUAACACUGAUAUCAGAACUAACUCAGAUGGACCAGCUGCAAAACGGCCCAAACCGCCAUCUUAACAGUAGCUUUUGUGAAAUUUUAAAGACUGCUACUAUACGAGAAUUAUCACGCACUGACAUUUAGGAAAGACUUGUGCUCUAAUCUGGAAAAGCAUUUGUUUUUUCUUUGUCAAAGAAAAAAAUGUUUCUUCUGUUUCCAGCAAAGAAAGAUAUAAUAAAUGUUUAGAAAUGAAUCUGGUUUCUUGAGUGAGAAAUAAAUUUCAGACCAUGGAAAUAGAAUAGAACAUUUUAUGAUGUAUAAAAUCCUCUAAGUUGGCAACUGAAUUUUUUAUUGCUUUCUACUUUUUAAAUAACCAUUGAAUUAAAUUGUGUGAUGUCUACAUCUUUUGGCUUCUGCUUGUUAUAAAAAAAUACAUGUCAGUUCUUGGACAGUAACAUUUCAAAGAACCAUGCGACAUGAGCAAGUGGUGAAAAUUGGAUAUUAAAUUUAAGAAUGGAAGUUCUGUGUAAGAAGGAAAACGGGAAGAGAAGUACUGAAGGAGGGAGAUGAACCCUUGAGAGAAAUCCAAGGAAACCUGGAGUCCACACUCACACCCAAUAUACAGACCCCCAAGAUGAUACCACUUAACAAAUAUAUAUUUAACUUGUACCUUAAGAGAACAAAGUUGGAUGUGCUUUUAUGCUGUAACAUGUUAUGUAUAUAAACACAAAUGUAAGUCUUUAAGUAAGCAACCUAUGUCGACUAUAACUUAAGGCAUUUCUUCUCAACCUGUAUCCAUGCUUUGAUUUUGCUUACUGAAGUACUAUUGAAUCCUUUAAAAUACAUAUAUAUUCCUAAAA